AAAGAGAAUGUGAGAGAAAAGCUCAUUGGUUUUAUUUUCUUUUCUCUUCAAACUUUUCUAUUCUCUUUAGUGUCUCUUCUUGUUCUCCCGUUAUAAUUACUCUAAUUAUUUAAUUAACUCUUCUAAUUAUAUUCUCUUUUUGUUACCUUGUUUUCUUUUCUUCUUCAAUUUGUUUUGUGUGUUUGAUUGUUCCUUCAACCGAUAAAAUGGCUUCAAUGCGUAGUCCGGAUAUUAAUUUAAUCCAUUUCAUCUUGAGACUGUUAAUCGCUGUUGGAAGCUUUGUCUCUGCCAUUUUUAAGAUUCCCUUUGUUAUUUUCGCCAUUCAAUUUGUUAUUGAUUUUGUUCUUAAAGGAACAUCCGCCGGUGGGAAUACUGAUGCAGGGGACAGUGGAACUGCUCCUGGUCCAUCUCCUGGAAGUAGUGACACUUCACCAAGUGAUCAACCGGCUUCCGAUGCACCCAAACAAUUUGACUUGCCCAUGGUUGAAGUCGCCUUAAAUGUUGUCCUGUUGGUUUGUCUCUUCACCUCUGUCAUGGUUGUCCUUUUCCGAGCCAUUUACACAGUUGCCUUGGGUCGACUACUCAAUGUAUAUUCAUAUCUAAUAAUUAUGGGAUUAUGGAUCGUCUUUGUGCUGAUUACCAUCAUGACUAAUGGUUGGAAAGGGCCAUUAAAUUACGCUAUUCUUGCAGCUCGUGCAUUGCUCGUUGGAUGGUUUGUCUUCACCGCUCCAGCUACUUGGCAUUUUGUUUUGCUUCGAUCUUCAAUAAUAAUCGACAUCAUAACCUACCCUGCAAUGAUUGGAAUCGCUAUUCUCAAUAUUAAGUACAAUUUUCUGAAAGUUGGAGUUGAUCGUAAAAUUGGUGUCUGGACACGAUAUAAUAACUUAAUCCGAACUUUAUGAACUUAAUAGUCGAUUUCCCGAUCAUAUUUAAAUUAAACCUGUUCAAGUGCUUAUCAAUUUAAUAUCAAGUAAAUGGACAUUUGUUGUUUGUUCAGUGUAUCCAGAAUACAAAUUAUAUAUAUAAUGUCAUCACUAAUGAUAAUCAACAAGCAUCAUCGUUUCAUGGCUUGGAUUGUACAUUAGUGUAAAAAAAGUUAAAUUAUCAAUCAAUUAAUUGGAAGCACGCAAACACACAAGUAGAGUACGCAGCCCCUUCACCCACAUUGACGGAUCUCACUGUUUUCCAUUUACAACAUGAUAAAACUUAUGUAAUAUAAUCAAAUCAAUUCUUGUGAUGUUCAUUCAUAUCUGCGGUUAUUAAUAACAGGACGAUCUAACUAAGCUCAAGACAAGCGAAAAAUUGACUCAAGAAUCAAGUUUAACGGCAAAUUGACGGCAUUUUAGUAAACAGACAUACACCAUCUGUAUCAAGCUUAUAAACAACAACAAAUUCAUGUGUACAUCCUUUCAUGUUUACUACAAAACAAUAGCGUAUCCUUGAAAGAGAGUGAUGGUUUACUUCCGUUUUGUAAAAAUAACCGUAAAUACUAUUUAGCUGUGUAAAUGUAUACCUUAUGAAAGAGGAACUCGAUCAACAAUGGUCUUAGGGCCAAGCCAAAAAUAAAUUGCCAAAUGCGUUAAACUAACCAUGUAAAGUUCACUUCCGAAAUGAGAGGCAUCACUUGAGUCAAAUGCGUUCGCCAUCUAUUGACCUCUAACGAAAUUGUUAUUUUCUCAUUUUCUUUCAUAAUUUUGAUUCUUAACUCAAAAUUGGUUUUGUAUCUAAAGUAUUUCCAAUUUUCAACAAUUAAAAUUAAUCAUAAAUCUGUAAACAA